AUGGCUUCCGCCACGCUCCUUCCGGCUGCGGCCAACCUCAAGGUCAGCGGGCUGUGCGCGUCCCAGACUCGCCUCGCCUCGUCCGCUGCAUCCCUGGCAGGAUCCAAGCCUCAAGCCCAGACCGGCCUUCGUCGCGUCGCUGCUGCCUCCGCCGCCCGCGCAUCCGCCGCAGCCGAAACGUCUGCGGUGCCGCCCGCAUGGCCGGGGCGCGCCGAGGCGCCGGCGAAUCCGCACGACUGGGCCGAGCCGAAGGCGAUCUCGCUGAUUGGAUCGACCGGGUCUAUCGGCACUCAGACUUUGGACAUAGUGGCGGAGCAUCCCGACAGGUUCAAGGUCGUUGCGCUCGCCGCCGGCUCCAACAUCGCUCUCCUGGCGCAGCAGGUGCGCCAGUUCCAGCCGGCGCUGGUGUCGGUGCAGAACCCCGCGCUGGUGGGGGAGCUCAAGGAGGCGCUCGCGGGGAUGGAGCGCCUGCCGGAGAUCGUGGCGGGGGACUCGGGGAUUGACGAGGUGGCGCGGCAUCCUGACGCGGAGACAGUGGUGACGGGCAUUGUGGGGUGCGCGGGACUCAAGCCGACGGUGGCGGCCAUAGAGGCGGGCAAGGACAUCGCUCUGGCGAACAAGGAGACGCUCAUUGCAGGCGGGCCGUACGUGCUGCCGCUCGCCAAGAAGCACGGCUGCCACAUCCUGCCUGCUGACUCGGAGCACUCCGCCAUCUUCCAGUGCAUCCAAGGUCUGCCAGAGGGUGGUCUGCGCCGCAUCAUCCUCACUGCCUCUGGUGGCGCCUUCAGGGACUGGCCGGUGGAGAAGCUGAAGGAGGUGACGCCAGCGGACGCGCUGAAGCACCCCAACUGGAGCAUGGGGCGGAAGAUUACCGUUGACUCUGCCACCCUUAUGAACAAGGGCCUGGAGGUGAUAGAGGCGCACUACCUGUUUGGCGCGGACUAUGACAACAUUGACAUUGUGAUCCACCCACAGAGCAUCAUUCACUCCAUGGUCGAGACUCAGGAUUCAUCGGUGUUGGCGCAGCUGGGGUGGCCGGACAUGCGUCUGCCCAUCCUCUACACACUCUCCUGGCCCGAUCGUGUGCCCACCUCUGAAGUCACCUGGCCGCGCCUCGACUUCAUCAAGAUGGGAGACUUGACAUUCAGGGAGCCCAACCGUGACAAGUACCCCUCCAUGGACCUCUCAUACGCAGCGGGACGGGCAGGUGGCACCAUGACCGGCGUGCUGAGCGCUGCCAACGAGCAGGCCGUUGAAAUGUUCCUUGAUGACAAGAUCCACUAUCUGGACAUCUGUCGGGUCAUCGAGGGCACAUGUGACCGCCACCGCAACGACCUCGUGCUCGCCCCGUCACUGGAGGACAUUGUGCACUUCGACCAAUGGGCUCGCGUCUACGCUGCUGAGGGGGAGGGGAAUGGAGAGGAGGUUAGUGGAGGUGGUGUGAGAGAAGACGCGCGCGCGGACGACGCUCCCGUGUGCGCCCUCGUCGGCUUCGUCGGCCUCGAAACUGCCGCGAUCGCAUCCCACGCGCGGAGCUCAGCAUGCCUCCAGGUGCUUCCGGCUCUGAUGCGGACGCUGCUGCCUUGUGUGCCUCAAGGCAUUCCUCUCCCAGCAGCAACCCCCCUUUCCCAACCCCCCAGCUCAUUCGCUCUUCCCCUGCUGCCUCUCACUUCUCACCUCCUCCCCCGUCGCCCGCCGUCGCCUGUCAGGUCCGGAGCGUCGCGUGGGCGGUCGCCUGCCGUAUGGCUCGUCGCACGCCGCCAUGUCGUACGGCGCGCCGUUCGUCGCCACCUCCGCGCCCAAGCCGGAGCAGCCCAUUGCGCGCCAAGCGCCAGCCGCGGAACGAUCGCGCGGCGACGGGCUCAGACGCCCCGCAAGGGUGGCGCGACGGGCGCGGAUGGGGGGAGGAAGGGCGCAGCAGGGGGAGGGUUGCUGUGCGGGUGCUGCGCGUGGCUCGGCGCGCUGUGCGCGCGGCUGCGGCCGUCGCGGAAGGCGAACUGGCCGUACGCGUUAGUGAGCGUUGUGUUUGUGGCGCUGGUGGCCUCGGAGCAGAUCGCCCCGCUGCUGCCCUCCACUGCCCGCGCACGGGGGGAGGCGCGCGCAGGGGGAGGCGCGGAGGAGGAGGCAGUGAGCGGACCGCUGACGCGGAUGAUGAGUGCCAUGUGGGGGCGACCAUCACCCACCACGCCCUUCAACGCCAGAAGCAACAGCAGAAACAGCAAUCACAGCAGCAGAAGCAACAAGUUAGCAGGAGGGCCCAGGGACGCAGAUGGAGGGGCAGGUGGAGGGUCAAGUGGAGGGUUGGGUGGAAGGGCGGGUGGAAAGGUGGGAGAAGCGGCAGGUGUGGCGGCGGAGGAGGAGUCAGUGGGGCGAGGGAGUGGCGGAGGGGGUGGGGAGGAGGAGGAAUGCUCUGAGUGCUGGAAGGAGGUGGAUCGGCUGAGAACACUCCGAGAGAGAGCAACAGGCGCGCGCAGGCGGCUGCUGGUAGAGCCAGGAGGGACGGUGGAGGGGUUGCAAGCAGCGGUGGCAGCAGUGGAAGCGGAAAUGGCGGCAUUGAAAGCCAAGAUGAGCGACCUGGCAGUAGCAACAGAGCAGAUGGCAAGGGAGGCGGGCAACUUGCGGGCGGUGUUGCAGGGCGAGGGGCACUGGGCUACAGCAAACCUCACCCGCCACUUCCUGCACUCCACGGCGCCCUCUCACCCCGACCGCUGUGCCGUGCUUUCUCUCGACCGACGAGCGCUGCAGCGGCAGUCCAAGCGUGGUCCCAAGGGCCCGCCUCUCUCCUGGAAGGGCUACACAUGCGAGGCGGCGCCUUCACAAAUCCAGCGAUACACAGACGUGGAGGCAAGAGCGCUGUGUCCCGAUGACUGGUUCUUCGUACAAGAGCUCGUGUUUUUGAAAAACUGCUUUGCCCUGCCAACCCGCCGCUGCCUUGCGCGCACGCCACAGCAACCCACAGAGCCACUACCGUUCCCGCAAUCCCUAUUCGACCAAGCCGCACUGGUGGACGGGGGGGUGCGGUGGGAGCAGCAGCAGUGCGGCUCAUUCCACUGCCUCAACACGCGAGCACUGGGCGACUGUCGCAACUGCUUCAACCUCUCACUCGAGAGCCACCGCUGGCAGCACCGCUUCCGAGGCAACCCCACCAUGCAGGACGUGAUGCAACUCAAAAACGGCUCCCUUAGGCUGGGACUCGAUGUGGGGGGUGGCACGGGGAGCUUUGCAGCGCACAUGGCACGGCACGGGGUGACGGUGAUGACCACAGCCAUGAACUACGAGACCGUGUCGGGAAGGCAUGCAGGGCUGCCCUACUUUGAAGCCAUCGCCAUGCGCGGCCUCAUCCCGCUCUUCCUCCCCCAUAAGGCCCGUCUACCAUUCUACGACAACACACUAGACGUGAUUCACAGUGUGAACAGUGUCAAGUACAUGCCCCUGGUGGAGUUUGAGGAGCUCGUUUUUGAAUGGGACCGCGUGCUCAGACCAGGCGGCCUCAUGUGGUUUGAGAUGUUCUACGCACCGGUAGAUGACAUGGUGCUGUAUGUGGCCGUGCUACAGCAGCUGAGAUACCGCCGCCUGCACUGGACGCUCAUGCCCAAGCCCGACCGCGGGGAGAUAGAGGCCCACCAGCUCUACUUGAACUGCGUUAUUGAGAAACCUGCUAGGCGAAAUGCGCUCAAACCUGUUGAGUUUAUAUGA